GAUCUAUCCGCCAGGGGAUUGCCUGGCAGGAAGGCGUGAUUUUAUUUAGUUUGCUUCUGAUUCCUGGUUAGCAGAGCCCCUGGGUGCCUCCUGCAGCCCUGGGUGCAGCCCUGUCACCCAAGCCAUGAGGAUCUGGUGGCUCCUGCUUGCCUCUGGAGUCUGCAUGGGGACAGUGAGCUCACAGGACACCUGCAGGCAGGGACACCCUGGUGUCCCCGGGAACCCUGGUCACAACGGACUGCCUGGGAGAGAUGGACGAGACGGAGCAAAGGGUGACAAGGGGGACACAGGAGAACCAGGACAUCCCGGUGGCCCUGGGAAGGAUGGGAUGACCGGGGAGAAAGGAGAACCAGGGGCAGAUGGACAUGUGGAAGCGAAGGGCAUCAAAGGUGACCAGGGCUUGAGAGGACCCCCAGGGAAGCAUGGGCCAAAGGGACUUGUGGGCCCCCCGGGGGAGAAAGGCCUCACGGGCGAGACGGGCCCCCAGGGGCAGAAGGGGGAGAAGGGCGACGUGGGGCCCAUGGGGCCAGAAGGGCCCGAAGGCAGCACCGGACCUUCAGGCCCAACUGGACUGCUCGGGCCCAUAGGCCCCAUCGGAAAGCCGGGUCCCAAGGGAGACGCUGGCCCCCUGGGGCCCCAGGGCGAGCCUGGAGUCCGCGGCCCGAGAGGCUGGAAAGGGGAGCGAGGAGAAAAGGGGAAAAUUGGCGAGACACCCGCCUUGCCCAAAAGCGCCUUCACGGUGGGGCUCACGGUGCUGAGCAAGUUCCCUCUAUCAGACACUCCCAUCAAGUUCGACAGGAUCCUGUACAACGAGUUUGGCCACUACGACGUGGCCACGGGCAAGUUCACCUGCCACGUGGCCGGCGUCUAUUACUUCACCUACCACAUCACCGUCUUCUCCAGGAACAUCCAGGUGUCUCUGGUCAAAAACGGGGCCAAAGUCCUGCACACCAAGGACGGUUACACAGGCUCCGAGGACCAGGCCUCGGGCGGCAUCGUCCUGCCCCUGAAGCUGGGGGACGAGGUGUGGCUGCAGGUGACUGGAGGGGAGAGGUUCAACGGCUUGUUCGCUGACGAGGAUGACGACACGACAUUCACGGGCUUCCUGCUGUUCAGCAGCUCCUGACGGGUGUGGGGAGGGCAAUCUUCCCCCAUCCACCGGGGUUGGGGAGGGGAGAUGUUAUCUGAUGAUUUUACUCUAUUAACUAUGUCAUCACUGUCAUAACCAUAAAAAGGUAAAAAGAGGAAAGUUCUCCCUAAAACUGAUUCUACAAAACUCGGCAUCCCUCCAAGAGUAAAUCUAAAAAUACCUGCCA